AUGUGUGGUAGGAGACGCAUAACUGAGUUUAGUGAGACUGCACCAUGUCGAGAAGCAAGAGCCGUAGUCGCUCUAAGAGCAGAAGUCGCAGCCGUUCGCGCAGCCGUAGGACAUCACGCAGCUAUUCUAGAAGCCGUUCGGGAUCAAGUCGCAGCCGCAGUCGCAGCAGGAGCAAGACGCCGGUCGAUAAACACAGGCUCCAUGUCAGAGACAUCGGAAGCAGCAUAA